AUGGCCGCAUGGGCCGCCGCCGAAACGUUCCUGGUGACUCGUUCUCACAAACUUAACGACCGUGAUCACGUUGGCCUCGCCAAUGGUACUGCUUCUCCUGAAGAGCACCUUCCUCGUUACUUUGCCAAAUCUGGCUUCAAUGCCAACAACGAUCCCAACAGAGUCAAGAAGUCCGGCAAUGGCAAAGGCAACUGCAAGCCUCGCCGCCGCAGCAAUGCAUCCGCCCAACUUCUUGAUGCCAUGACCUCCAAGUUUGAAGUCGUCGAAGCUGAGCCCAUGUUCAAAGAGAACGUUCACGGUCCCUCGGCCAACGAUUAUGCCGUCCUGGAAAAGACCAUGUCGAUGGAAUCUGCUCCCAGUGAGGCCGGAACCACCACCUCCUCUGAGAGUAGUGACGAAGGAUUGACCAAGUAG